AAAGAGAAGAGCUAUCAUUGAUGGUUCUAACAUCCUGUUUUGGUUUCGUUCAUACCUUAAUAAUCGCCCAAUAGCAAUCAAAUUUAAUUAAACUAUAUUCAAAAAGUUUACCGCUUCAUCUGGGAUUUCACAAAACAGCCAUCUUGGACCGCUGAUCUUCCUCCUGUACUACAACGAUGUGAAUCUUUCUGUGUGAUGUCCACGCUUAUUUUGCACUUAUGAUCUCAAGCUAUUCCAAAUAGUUCGAAGUAACGAGGAUGCUGUUUUUCUUCAACACCAACAUGAAUUUUUUCCAUUGUCAAUAAUUGAAUUUGUGGAUUUUAUAACAAUCAGAGUAAGGAAAUUCUUUUGCGGGUUUCGUUCAUUGAACAAGCGUAAUUCGCAAAAGAAUUACCGCAGUUUGAACAAAGGCGUUUUGGGCCUAUUCUGAAAACCGGGAAUUUUUAUCCCGCAAACCGGGAAAAAUCCAAGAAAUUGAUUUCAUAUCCUAAAUUGCAAGCCGAUCCUCAGGAUUGUGAGGCUACUCUCGUAAAAAGAUUUGAACUGGAAGAGCAAUAGACUGAAAAAAAUAAGAAAUUGAAUAUGGCGCGAUUUUCUUGAACGACUGAGUUCAUGAACUGCACUUCCUGUGAUACACUCAACGAGUGAGUACGUCAUCAUGUGUUAGUGCCGAGAAAAUUCAUCACACAGUUGUGGAUCGGUGAAGUGAUUACAGCAAGGCUAUCACGGUGAUGGACGAAAAUUACUUGAAUGAAAAGUAACUGACAAUAUAACCCAGUUGCUAUGCCAUCGACCAGCGUCAUUUCAAUUUUCAAUUAAAUUCGAACUAACACUGAGACAAUGGAUUUUCGAAAUAAGUGCAUAGCCGUACAAUAUAAACAAUACUCCGUUUCACAGGUUUGAAGUCCACUUGUCACUUGAACUGCUUUUGCACAAAACCGUCCAUUACGUACGGAUCUAUAGUAUCAAUGUCAGUUGCGCUAUAUAUGCUUAUCCUUCAACCGAUCAAUAAUGCAAUAAUGCGCAGUGUUUCAGAAUGUUUCAGUUGUUUAAAUAAAAAAAUCGCUCAGAUAAUGAAUGACUAUGCUUCCAACGGAUAUAUAUAUAUAAGGCUGGCCUUCGAUUGGCGAAAUUAGUAGAUCGUUGAAAAGUGGCCUUGAACAGUCAAACGAACCAGGCCAUCACCGAUCAGAAAUGUUCUAUCGUCUAAAUAUACUGCUGGUUGUUCUGCUAGGUGGCCCUGCACUCGCAGGAGUUCUGGAUUUGUUCGAUGUCAAAACCGAUUACAAUGCGGCCUUUGUAAUGGAUAGCAUAUAUAGCGUUCUGGUUGAUGACAUCCUGAAGGGUGAUUCGACCAACCCGGUCGAAAUGGAUGUUAUCUUUUGGUGUGGCAAUCGAAACUCUCCGAAUCUGUCGAAAGUCGUUAUAAAUGAUACCAGUUUAGGUGCAAAAAUUGCAACAUCCAAACCAAUAGCUUUCAUCACGCAUGGUUGGUUGGACAACGGCGAUCGGCACUGGAUUCGGGCAAUGGCUGCAGACUACCUGCAGUUCGUCGAUUCCAAUGUCUGCGUGGUAGAUUGGAAGAAUUUAACAUUGUACGGAUACGCAACAGCUGUCAACCACACUUUUAAAGUAGGCGCAUACAUGACCAAAUUUAUCACAUAUCUGAACGGGAAAGGUAUCCCACUGGGUAAAGUAACUCUGAUUGGACACAGUCUCGGUGCUCAAAUUAGCGGUCAUACGGGCUAUAACUUGGGAGGUAAGAUCGGAACAAUCUACGGUCUAGAUCCAGCCGGGCCACUGUUUACGUUACCAUUCGAUGUCGGACCGGCGAAACGAUUGGACAGUUCCGAUGCACAGUAUGUUCAAAUGAUCAUCACUUCGCGCUGCACUGCCGGUGUUUGCAUCGGCGACGGCCACGAAAAUUUCUAUCCAACCGGAGGAUUUGUACCACAGCCGAACUGCGCUCUGCCGUUGUUCAGCAAUUCGGAAAGUUUCGAACCGAUCAGCUGCAGUCACUCGCACGCCAAUACACUUUUCCAAAUGGCGUUGAAUCCUGCCAAUGUGUUCCUGGGAAAGAAAUGCUUGUCCUAUCCUGUCUAUUUGGCUGGCCUUUGCUUACUCAACAGUUCGACGAAGAUGGGAAUUUAUUCCAGCCGAAUAGGUGGUAAUUUCUAUCUGCUGACAUCACCCUUCGCACCCUUCACAUGAAACGGUUUCACAUGGUUAUGUUCGACAAAAUGUAUCAGAAAACUCUUUUCCAAAAUCACAGCCGAUUAAACAUGCUAUAUUAAAAACACAAAAGAUAGAAUUCCAUAAAAUGAUCCGUGAUUUAUAAUUUA